AAUCUUCACACAUUGACAGAUUCAUAUCUGCUGAUGAUAGUGAAUCUGAUGUUACAUUCUUGAUUGAGAACUUGAAGAACAUGAUAAUGAAGGAAUUACUCAUAUCAUGUGUGGCUGAGUCUUCUGUGUUCUCUCUUGCCUCUUCUGUCACUUCUUUCUCUGCUGCUCCUCUCUCUGUCUCUUUCUCUGCUACUCCUCAAUCUUCUACACUUGUUCCUAUGUCUGGUUCUCCUGCUCCCGCUAUCCCUGUUCCCGCGACCCCUGAUUUUGCUGUCUCUGCUUUCAUUACUAACUCUCCUCAUUUCAAGAAGAUAUUGUGUAGACUUAAUGAACUACAUCUCUCAACAAAAGAUAUUCAUGUUUUCAGAAACAGAAAUGCAGAUGUUAUACUCUUUUACAUCUGUGAGUGUGAGGCUUAUACACCUUGUCUGAGAUUUACUUCAGUGUCAGAGAUCAUUCUCAUCAAAGAUGACAACACUGCUGAGACUAUCUUCUCUCACUCUCAAGCUUCUUCUAUCACUUUCUCUCUCUUCUCUGCAGAGAAGAUUGUGCACACAUCAGGUUGUAAGU